GCAGGCGCGCAGCCAGUGUACGUCUCGUUGGCUGAGUGAAGAACACACCACACGGCUGUAGCGGCGCGCACUCGUGUUAAUGACAACAAUAAGAGUAAAACAUAUUAAAAAAGUGCUGUGCGAAUUUCCAGCAUCGCCAUCAGACACUCACGGACGAAAAUCGACGCGAGUAUACACUACGAGCGCAUGCAUCGGCGGUGUCGGUGUGCUGUUGUGCUGAUGAGUGAAUUUCGUCGUUUCGUGCAUCGCGUAACAACGCUCCGGCUUAACGACUGUGCGCUCACCUUACUUACUCAUCGCACAAUUCGAUCCAAACGAUUCCAGCUACGCGGCGAAGAGGAACAAGGAAGGAAAACCGCGCCGGAGCAUGUAACGAGGCCCGCACACUACAAAACUGACUCUCGGCGUAGUGUUGUAUUGUUUUAGUUAAUUGCGCCACGCUAUAUUACCAUUUUUACUGUUAUCCGUGCGGUGCCGCCGCGUUUGCCAUCUCGCAUCGCAGCGCACCGAAAAUCUGCGCGAGAAGAAAAACACUAAAUACAGCCGUAAACAGCAGCCGGUGACUCCAACGCGCGCUGCGCCGCGAAUAAUAGUUAACCGCGUCGAUGUGCACGUGCGACGCGCGACGCAUCGAUAAGUAACGUCAUGCAAACGAGCUACAGUGCAAUGUACAGGCCGAAUUUCUACGAGAGCACGUGUCUGCGAUGCCAGGAGACAGUCUAUCAGGUGGACCGUGUUGGCCCGCUCAAAGAUUUCACUUUCUACCACAGCGGUUGCUUCAAGUGUGCCAUCUGUGGUACCAAACUCACCCUUAAAACCUACUACAAUAACCAGCACAAGCAGGAAGACAAGGAAGUGUACUGCAGUAGCCACGUGCCGAAAAUCGGUCCAGGUCAUUUGGAUGGGUCGUCUGUUGGUAUUCGCUCGGCGCUGAAUGUGCCCAAAUCUAGUAACUUCGUCAAUGAACAGAUACGAUGCACCGGAAGAGGGACCUUCGACGCAGAUGCGUUGAAUAUCCGAACACAUGUGAAUGGCAGCACAACGCAACCGUUGUCGCCGACUGGGCACGAACGAAACAACUACAGCCCUAAUGUAUACCCACAGAACAACCACAACGAUUCUCCUGGCUACCAAUAUGGCCGUUUUGACGCUAGCGCUUUGCACAUUGCACACGCGCUUAAACAAACCGAAAUACAAAAGGCUUACAAGACGCACGUGGAGAAACCAAUCGAUUGUUACUUGGACCGUGAUGAACAGCGCCGACUUGAAAUGAAACAUCGCAAAGAAGAGGACGACUUGUAUCGAAAAUUCAAACACAAUCGGGAUGAGGAGGAGAAAAAAAUACGCGACGAAAUUCGAGACGAAUGGGAACGAGAAUUGCAACGCUUAACGAAUCGUUUCGAACGGGAAAUGCAGCUGAAACGAAAACGCGACGAUCAGAAUGUGUUGACGUUGCGACACCAGCAGGAAAAGGACGCCUUGGAGAAGAACAUGACGCUACGGCGCGACAAAAAGAAAGAGUCGCUCACGAGGAAGAUGCUCGAGAACGAAAGAGCAGCAACAGCGGCGCUGGUCGAAAAGCAGAGUCAUGAAAUGAUGGAAUUGAUCAACGAAAAACGCAGUGAAUACAUGAUGGCCGAGUCGAUAUACAUGGAGGAUAACGUAGAGGAAGUGACACCUUAUCCGAGCCAUGCACCUCUCCCGGCACCGCCAGCAUUAUCCAAGUUUCAAAUAUACAGCGAUCCCAUCGAGUUUGCUAAUGUUGAUCAAAUUGCUAUCUCGGUGGCACAAGAAGACCAAAAAUCAUUUACUGAUUUAGUUCGACAGUUGGUUGGUCGAUGUGGAUCGGAUAUCGAGAAAGCACGUACCAUUUUCCGAUGGAUUACCGUGAAAAAUCUAAAUACAAUGUCGUUUGACGAGAAUCUGCGCGGCGAUUCGCCUAUGGGCUUGCUUCGAGGCAUUAAAAACGGAACUGAAAGUUACCAUGUGUUAUUUAAGCGUUUGUGCAGUUAUGCCGGUUUACACUGCGUAGUCAUUAAAGGAUAUUCAAAAUCUGCUGGUUAUCAACCAGGUGUACGCUUUGAAGACAAUCGAUUUAGGAACUCUUGGAAUGCUGUUUACGUCGCUGGUGCUUGGCGUUUUGUGCAAUGUAAUUGGGGCGCUCGGCAUUUAGUAAACGCCAAGGAAGCACCAAAAGCUGGCAAUAAAACUAAAUCAGAUAGUUUGCGAUAUGAAUAUGACGACCACUAUUUCUUAACUGAUCCCAAAGAAUUCAUCUAUGAAUUCUUCCCAUUGCAAUCUGAUUGGCAAUUAUUAAAGCAACCGAUUACCUUGCAAGAGUUCGAAGAACUACCUUUUGUUAGAUCCUUAUUCUUCCGAUAUGGAUUGUACUUCUCCGACAAGAACACCAAGGCUGUCAUGUUUACAGACUCGACAGGCGCUGCUACUGUCCGAAUUGCAAUGCCAAAUCAUAUGCAAGGAACUUUGAUCUUCCAUUACAAUUUGAAAUUUUAUGAUAGUGACGGUGAUAGUUUUGAAGGCGUCUCACUGAAACGUUUUGUGAUGCAAUCAGUUGUUGGAAAUAUGGUAGCAUUCCGGGUUCACGCACCAUGCAGCGGUGCUUUCCUCUUAGAUAUUUUUGCCAAUGCCGUCACACCGAAAGAAUACCUCACCGGGGAACCGAUGAAAUUCAAGAGUGUUUGUAAAUUCAAAAUCUGUUGCGACGAGUUGCAAACUGUCAUGGUGCCCUUACCGGAUUGUGCUAGCGGUGAAUGGGGACCAACAAAAGCUACCAGACUUUUUGGACUUGUACCAAUUACCCACCAGGAUGCGUUGGUUUUUGCUGGUAGAGAACUCGAAACUCAAUUCCGCAUGUCUCGCCCUUUAACAGACUUCAUGGCAACUUUACACAAAAAUGGCGUCGAAGAGAAGAGACUAUCAAAGUAUGUUAGUCAUAUCGUAACGGAUGACAUAGUUACUUUCAAUAUUAGCUUUCCUGAAGAGGGGCAAUACGGGUUGGACGUCUACACGCGCGAAAUGGCGUCCAUGCAUGACAAUAAUGGCGAAAAGCAUUUACUAACACAUUGUUGUAAGUACCUAAUCAAUUCAUCAAAACGCAAUUAAUUCCACAAACAUUCGUUUGCAUACACUAAGAGAAUACUACCGCUCGUCAUCGAUUAAAACGUGCAAUAAUUAAUUAUUUUUAAUAGAUAUUUAUAAACACAGUGCAAAAUUGCAAAUCUAUUCAUAUACAUACAUAUAUUCACCGUUAUUUGUAUGAAAUGUUUAAAGUAUAAGAGUACAUAUAUUAAUUAUGUAUCUAGUUGCAAUUUGUGCUUUGGAAUUAAACAUUGACAGGAAAACAAGACUGUACCCUUUUUCCUGGAUACGAGAAUCUUUAGAUCAUUAAUUUUAUUGUUAUCUAACGUGAAGUUAAACAAAACGAAACUAUUUAUUUGUUGUUAAAAAAUCAUCACCGCACAUAGAUUUUUAUACAUACGUAAUAUAUUAAUAUAUUUUUGUUAAUUAUUUAAUAAUGUAUUUUGUAACAUUGUUCUAACCAGUUGUAUGCUUUUUAUAUCAAAAUAUAUUUUAAAUAAAUUAUGCAAA